UUGCCGCUCCGGGGUUUCUGCCGUGGGUGUCAAGCUUUGACCGGACGCAGUACAAUGAUUGUCCAAAUGCUGCUGUAUGGCUUCAUUCUCUUCACUGCAGCUUUCGCUUGGAAAGGUGAAGAGAACACACUGGAGGUCUUCAAUCUCGAGGAUGCGUUGAAGAAGUUUGUUGACGUUUUUAAAAAAGUCUACAAAACUCCAGUGAGGUGGACUGAUUUGUGGUCGAAGCGCCAGGAAAUGAAAGAUCUCUUCGCAACUCCAAAAUUUCAGGUAAAUGUCCAAAGCGGCCCGAUAACAAUUGGUGAGCCAGAAGCAAAGGAGAAGAUCAGCACUCUUCUCUACGCAAACCUCUAUGACAAUGAAGCGAAUGCAAGUCAAACGUAUACCGUCACGCAUUCUACCAGUCGCAAAGAAAAAUCAUCUUACACGGUUAAACUAGGAUUCAACCUCGGCCUUGUGUUGUCGGGAGGUCUGACAUUCGAAGAAACACUAGGAGUGAGUGGCAGCGUCGGAAUUAAGACCGAAAGAGAAACUGCCAAGACAGACUCUAAAACGACGCUCAAGACGUUUUCGGUCGCCACAGGUGUCACCGUUCCUCCUAACAGGACCGUUCAAGUGGAGUGGUACGCCACCACCACCCAAAAAGAUUAUGUGUGGCGCCGCAAAGUGACCAUCAGUGGAUAUUUUGCUAUGGGGCUCGCGACCCCCUUGAAAGACACCACCGUGUUUGUCAUUCCAGUGACUUACCUCGCCCUUGUCAACCCCGCGAUGACAGUAGUAGGCGACAGGCACGUGCAAUUUGAGGCUUAUGGCAUAUUAAGAAAAAUCACCGUGCCGGAAUCUGACAUCUACACAACGGAUGUGACGGGCACUUUAAAGGACAAAAUAACGACGAUUUCUGAAAGGUCUCGCAUUGUUGGGUAAAUGUUAGAAGCAGGCGGGCGCUUUCGACAUAUUAAAGCGAUGCUCCCAAGUCCGCAACGACAAUACUGGUGGCUUCUGUGCUCAACAUCGCGACGAAGAUAUGCCGUUUAGGCGUGUGUCAAGAUUCUUACUUUUCUUUACUUUUUUUCCAAUAAAAAAAAAUGUGUGUGUGUGCGCAUAAUGCAAUAUUUAUCUCGCAAAAUGUAGCUUGCAAAAAAGAAAACAUAAAGUGUAAGUUUGGGAAUUAUUAAAAUCAUGGUUCUACG